AUGGCUGAGCCCGACUAUGGCGCGGCUUCAUGGGCUCAUUACUUGCACUCGACAGGUCCGGGGACUCAAGGUGCAGAGCUGACUGCCCCGCUUCUCUCCGCACAUGCACCCUUCCAACAGCAACUCCCCCCUCUAUAUGGUGCCCCAUACAUGCCCACCAGCAACCCGGCAAUGUCUCAGAUGCACAAUGUACAGAAUUACUCAAGUAGCGACCGGCCACAUGGGCUUUCUCCUUAUCCUCCCGUGGGGAGCCACCAUCUGUUCUAUCACCACCAAUUUUACCCAUAUCAGGCCGCAGGCCCUCCAAGACCGCCGCCAGCCUGGAACGGAUCCGAUCAGUUGCAACCUGAUCACAGCCUCUUCAACCACGCCAACAUGAUGCAAGGCCAUCAGCUAUCAUCUCCACCAGGGACUUCAUUUCACAGCCACCAAAUGUCUGGAUCCUCCAACGCUGGGAAUCCACCCUAUCCCCGACGCCGUCAUGAGCACAGGCCGAGUGGGGGUUCGCUCGCACGCAGUCCUAACGCAGAAAAUAUGCGAGGCUCUUAUGAAGCGUUCCAGAUGUCAGCACCGGGUGCCCGAAGCCAACAUGCUAGACCCCUUCAAGAGCAUGGCCAAGCGAGUGAGCAAACAUACCCCAGGUCAGGACCCCGUCCUUGGAUGUCAGGUGAAGUCCAAGGACGCCGCUCAGACCGUAGCAUCUCCCCACGGACUUCGCAUCGUCGGAAUUUCGAGGGGUAUUCACGCGACCUCUCACAUUCGAGCACGUCGUCUGACGCAGAAGAGGCGGCCGCGCGCGCACCACCAUUGAAUCGUGUGAGGCACCGGCAAAGAGAGGUGCGACCACGAAUCGCAGACCGCCCGUAUGUGGAUCCCAACAUUGCCACGCCGCGGCAGCUGCAGGAGCUCAAAGAUGGACUCGCGCGGCGUCUGCCAAGCGAGCUCCCAGAGGAGGCGUCCAAAGCCUGUGACAUUUGCCAGAAGGAUUACUCGGCUACACAUGUAGCGCCAACAGAAGAAGAAGAAAUAGCCAUUGUGCUGUCGUGCGGGCACUCGUUUGGAGAGUUCUGCAUGUUUGAGUGGUUUGAUACAUGCAGAAGACACAAAAACAAAGUCACUUGCCCCAUGUGUAGGAAGCAGCUCAUUGAGGCGCCGCGACACAUGUACAGCAUGAUGCAUGACUUUCCUCGCCACGGUCAAGCAUUUGCGGACCUCGUGGCUCGCGAGACGUUGCUUACGCGCCAACAGCUAUUGGUUGGUGGCAUUCGAGGCAACAUGGGCGACAUGGUCGAUAUGGAUGUGUAGGUGCUAUUUUGGUUUUGGGGCUGACGAGGCUGGAAGGGCGCUUGUGAGGAGCUAUGAUAUCAUUGUUUAGCAUGGGGGCAUGGCGUCUUUGGGAACAUGUGCACCAAGGGUGCUUGGAUACACACUUGUCUUUUUGUAGACAGGACUUUUCGAGCAUGAAGAUGAUAAUAAUAUACCUGGUAGACACAGCAGUAUCCAAGUCGGUCGGAUGUCAGGUGGCGUAGGCAUGGUAUGGCAGAUGGCAUUCUUAGACCUUGAUGUCGAUCAAUGAUGGGGCCCACUUGCAGGGUAUACGGAAUCCA